AUGCUAAUGAAUGAGUCACCGACAGAACAGUGUGAGGUGGAUGAAGGCGGCAGGCUACAACGGGUGGGCCCCCACGACGUGCCCUUUCUGGGUGAGAAGAGGAUGGACCGGGGCAUGAAAACGCUGCUGUGUCUAAAUGUGGCAGCGGCAGCUGGGUACAGCUGGGGCACCUGCCACCACCCUUACAGCUCGCUGUGGGGAGGCCGAAGUUCACACUCGCUCCGGGAGCGAGUCGGGAGCCAGGACAGCCUCCACGCCGGAAAGAUGGAAAUGCAGAGGCAUGGGACAGCCAGCAUCUUCUUGGAAGAGGCCAUGGUGGGCCCACUCCCCGACAGCCCUGUGGUGAGCUUGUCCUGUCUCUACGAGCCUGGCCGUUGCGGCCACGGCCAGGCCUUGUGGCCCAUACCGCUCGUGUUUUCCCAGGAAGGCGAGAAUAACGACAAGUUCUUCACCCACCCCAAGAAUGCCAAAGCGCUGGCGGCCUACCUCUUUGCACACAACCACCUCUUCUACCUGAUGGAGCUGUCAACAGCCCUGCUCCUGCUGAUGCUGUCCCUGUGUGAGGCCCCCGCCGUCCCUGCGCUCCGCCUGGGCAUUUACGUCCACGCAACCCUGGAGCUGUUUGCCUUGACGGUGGUCGUGUUUGAACUCUGCAUGAAGUUGCGGUGGCUGGGCCUUCACACUUUCAUCAGGCACAAACGGACCAUGGUCAAGACCUCCGUGCUGGUGGUCCAGUUCAUCGAGGCCAUUGUGGUGUUGGUACGACAGACGUCCCACGUGCGGGUGACCCGGGCCCUGCGCUGUAUUUUCCUGGUGGACUGUCGGUACUGCGGCGGUGUCCGGCGGACCCUGCGCCAGAUCUUCCAGUCAUUGCCGCCCUUCACGGACAUCCUGCUGCUGCUGCUCUUCUUCAUGGUCAUCUUCGCCAUCCUCGGUUUCUACUUGUUCUCCCCUAAUCCUUCAGACCCGUACUUCAACACCCUGGAGAACAGCAUCGUUAGUCUGUUUGUCCUUCUGACCACGGCCAAUUUCCCAGACGUGAUGAUGCCCUCGUACUCCCGGAGCCCCUGGUCCUGCGUCUUCUUCAUCGUGUACCUGUCCAUCGAGCUGUACUUCAUCAUGAACCUGCUCCUGGCCGUGGUAUUUGACACCUUCAAUGACAUCGAGAAGCGCAAGUUCAAGUCUCUGCUGCUGCAUAAACGGACUGCCAUCCAGCAUGCCUACCAGCUGCUCGUCAGCCAGCGGAGGCCUGCCGGUAUCUCCUACAGGCAGUUUGAGGGCCUGAUGCGGUUCUACAAGCCUCGGAUGAGUGCUGGGGAACGCUACCUUACUUUCAAGGCUCUGAACCAGAGUAACACGCCUCUGCUCAGCCUGAAGGACUUCUACGAUAUCUACGAAGUUGCCGCCCUGAAGUGGAAGGCAAAGAGCAAUCGACAGCACUGGUUUGAUGAGCUGCCCAGGACGGCGUUCCUCAUCUUCAAAGGAAUCAAUAUCCUUGUGAAGUCCAAGGCCUUCCAGUAUUUCAUGUACCUGGUGGUGGCCAUCAAUGGGAUCUGGAUCCUGGUGGAAACGUUCAUGCUGAAAGAUGGGAACUUCUUCUCUAAGCAUGUGCCCUGGAGUUACCUCGUCUUCCUUACGAUUUAUGGGGUGGAGCUGUUCCUGAAGGUUGCUGGCUUGGGCCCGGUUGAGUAUCUGUCCUCGGGAUGGAACCUGUUUGACUUCUCGGUCACGGUGUUUGCCUUCCUGGGGCUGCUGGCUCUGGCCUUCAACAUGGAGCCGUUCUAUUUCAUAGUAGUCCUGCGACCCCUCCAGCUGCUAAGGUUGUUUAAACUGAAGAAACGUUACCGCAAUGUGCUGGACACCAUGUUCGAGCUCCUGCCACGGAUGGCCAGCCUGGGCCUCACGCUGCUCAUCUUCUAUUACUCAUUCGCCAUCGUGGGUAUGGAAUUCUUCUGUGGGAUCCUCUACCCCAACUGUUGCAACGUGAGCACAGUUGCGGAUGCCUACCGCUGGGUCAGCCACACUGUGGGCAACAAGACCGUGCUGGAGGAGGGCUACUACUAUCUCAACAAUUUCGACAACAUCCUCAACAGCUUUGUGACCCUGUUUGAGCUCACAGUUGUCAACAACUGGUACAUCAUCAUGGAAGGUGUCACCUCUCAGACCUCCCACUGGAGCCGCCUCUAUUUCAUGACCUUUUACAUCGUGACCAUGGUGGUGAUGACAAUCAUUGUCGCCUUCAUCCUGGAGGCCUUCGUCUUCCGGAUGAACUACAGCCGCAAGAACCAGGAUUCAGAAGGUCUGUGCCGAGUUGGUGCCAUGGGCUCUCGCUGGCUGCUGACUCUGUCCAUCUGGCGGUCAGCUCGUGGUGCAAACAGUUCACGCACUCAGCUGCUGACCGAAAGGUUGCAGCAAAAUUCCAUGGUGUUUCUGGGACGGAGAUCCAGGACCAAGAGUGACCUGAGCCUAAAGAUGUACCAAGAGGAGAUCCAGGAGUGGUACGAGGAGCAUGCCCGUAAGCAGGAGGAACAGCAGCAACAGGUCAGCAGCAACGGAGGGGUCCCCGGCACCCAGCAGUCCGCAGGCAGCCGCCAGCGCUCCCAGACCAUCACCUAG